UUACAUUGUAUCUCCCUUACAGAAAGGAGCGAGGGAUCUAGGACUCAACUCAAGGGGAAAAAUGAAUGAAUAUACUUGAAAAUGGACGUGCCAGGAUGUUGGAUUUAUCGUCUUGGAGUUAAGGAAAGACGCAUUUGAUGAAAGCUUUGAGAUUUAGAUCCUGCGAUGCCAGUUUCAAGGCAGUGUUUCCAUUUCUGAACGGGAUCUUUAGGAGUGUGAUGGCUGCUGGCCUUCCCUUUCUCUAGUUGCUUGGAUGUGUUGGAAAGUGCUCCGCUUUGGAAUCAUUUCUGGAAUUCCGUAGGCAAAUCCAGAGGCCUUUCCACCUUCCUCUAUGGAAUGUACAUAAGUAUUCGCUGGAUAGGGGUUCGCGUGCGGGGGCAAAAUGUGGGUGACUGGGAAGUUGACAUCAAUACGUUGAGGAUAUUGUUCUCCCCGCACCCUGGCAGUCUGAGGAAUCAGACGUUACUGUAACAAACCUGGGCCGCUGGCACUAAAAUGUCCCUAAGUAGUGGCACUGCAGGCGGGAAAGGUGUGGACUCGAAUGCGGUGGACACUUACGACAGCGGUGAUGAGUGGGAUAUCGGGGUUGGAAAUCUGAUUAUCGACCUUGACGCUGACCUAGAGAAGGACAAACUCGAGAUGUCUGGCACUAAGGACGGAGGGGGAAUGGCAGCUCCUCCUAGCGCAGUAGCGGCUCUGCCUGAUAAUAUAAAGUUCGUUAGCCCUGUGAGUGCCCCUCAGGGCAAAGAGAGCAAAUCAAAAUCUAAACGCAACAAAAAUUCUAAAGACAAUAGCAGCAAGUCUCCAGCUGCAGAUGGAGCAAAAAAGGACCAUCAGGGACGGACCCAAGGGGAGGUUACUGGUGCAACAGGUAGUUCAGGAGGCGGGAACUCUGCUCCUGGCAAAGGCAUCGAGAAGGGUGCCAAGGCCUCACGCGGUGUGCCGAACAGCAAAAAGGAGAAGGACGUAUCGAGUGGGAAAAACAAAAAAGACAAAAAUGAAAGUGGACCAGUCGCAGUUGUGGCAAUUGAAAAGGAUAUAGUGACAAGUGCUCAAGCAUUUGGAAGCACACGCAACACAGCCUUUGACAAUUCACAGAACACAGACAUGGCUGUGACAGAGCAACUUGGGAAUAACACUCUGGAAACUGUUGGAAUUGUCUCUCCGUCUAUUAAAUCGGAGCCAGAGGAGCUUGACGGGGAAUGCAGAGCUUUGAAGAAGGUGAAAAAUGAAAAGAUGGAGUCUCCGGUCUCCACCCCAGCUCCUCCUCCGCUUCACCUCCUCGCCUCUAUGGGAAACAGUGACAUCGCAUCUCCGUGCGAGCAGCUUAUGGUGCGCACACGCUCAGUGGCUGUCAAUACUUCUGAUGUGGCCCUGUCCACAGAACCAGAGUGCCUGGGACCCUGUGAACCAGGCACCAGCGUCAACCUGGAGGGCAUUGUGUGGCAAGAAACUGAGGACGGUAUGCUGGUAGUCAAUGUUACAUGGCGAAACAAAACAUAUGUCGGAACACUGUUGGAUUGCACCCGUCAUGACUGGGCUCCUCCAAGGUUUUGCGAAUCUCCCACAAGUGACCUAGAAAUGAGAAAUGGACGUGGCCGUGGUAAAAGAAUGCGACCCAAUAGCAACACCCCAGUCAACGAGAACAGCAACUCGUCUGAUAACAAGGGCAGCAACAACAGCAAGACAAGAGCAAGUUCCAACAGCAAGGGUCGGCGUGGAAGCCAAAACUCCUCUGAGCGCAGAACUCCACCCAACAGCAACACAGAGGACAUAAAAGCCAGUCCAUCCUCAGCCAGUAAGCGCAAAAGCAAGCCUGCAUCAGACAUGGAGCCCAACUCAAGCUCAGAGGAUUCUAAAGGCAACAAACGUAUGCGCACAAAUUCAAAUGGUGGAAUGACCUCCUCUGCACUCCCAAUUCCCAUCAUCAAAACAGAGUCCCUUCCUCCUCCUUUAGACCGUACCUGUCCCUCACCAGUACUAAUUGAUUGCCCACAUCCUAACUGUAACAAGAAGUACAAGCACAUCAAUGGGCUGAAGUAUCAUCAAGCUCGUGCUCAUAAUGAUGACGAUGUUAAGUUGGACAUGGAUGGAGACAGUGAAUAUGGGGAAGAAUCCUCUCUUCACCCUGAGCCAGGAAGUUGCAAUGGAGCUUCGAUUACACAGAAAGGCUCUCUUUCCCCAGCAAGAUCUGUCACACCAAAAGGAAGAGGAUUUGAUGCUCAAAGUCCAUCUCCUUCUCCUGGAAAGUUUGGCUCUAAGUCAAAGAAAAAGAAUGGUGACACUGAAGCAGACAUUUGUGGUACACCUAUGGAAGUUUGUGAGGACGGUCCUUGCGUCACUGCUGAUGAGGCUAGCAAUGAUGGAAUGGAGGACAGGAAGUCCAAAAAGCCAAACAGCAAUGUCAAGUCUGACAAGCUGUCCCAGAAGAACAUGAAAUCCUCCAGGACCAUGGCUCCCUCAAUCCCUUCUCAGCAGAUGUACUCUCUACAGCCAACAUCCUUCAGUGGCGGAAGCCCCAACCACCCUCCUGUUAUGGCCAAUAUGUUGCAGGGCAUACCCAAAAGUCCCCAAUUGAAAGGUAUACAGUCAAAAUUAGGUGCACCAGGGGACUCAUCACCAAUUAAUCCAGCCUUGAGCAGCUCCAAGGACAAAAAGAAAAAAGACAAGAAAAAGAAAGAUUUGGGCAAGGAUGCAGACAGUCCCAAGCUCCCUGGAAAAAGUGGGAAAACUGAAGAGGGGAAAAGUCCAUACUCUGAGUCCUCUGACCCAGGAAACAGGAGCGAGGGUCAUCUCAAUGGCUCCUCUGAUCCUCAUCAAAGCCGCCUUGCUAGCAUGAAAGCAGAGGCAGAUAAAAUAUACAGUUUCACAGAUAAUGCUCCCAGUCCAUCCAUUGGGGUAGCCAGUCGUGUGGAUAGCAGUGGACAGCCUCUCACUCCCCUGCAUGUUGUGACCCAGAAUGGGGCUGAUAGCUCCUCAGUAAAAACGAACAGCCCUGCAUACUCUGACAUAUCUGAUGCCGGAGAGGAUGGUGAAGGCAAGGUAGAAGGAGUCAAAGUCAAGACAGAAGAUCAGUCAGGCAGGGACGGUGCCAAGAAAGCACUCUUUCCCUCUCAGGCAUCCUCUAAGGAAUCUUCAUAUUAUCCUGGCUAUGACAACUACUACUCUCCCAGUUACUCUCACCCUAGCCCUGGUGGUGCCACAGCAGGUGGACCUCUACCGGAUGGGCAAGCUGUGAAACUGAAGAAGGAAGAGGAGCAAGAAUUGGUGGAGGAGAAGGUGAAAGUGGACAUGCAAGAUGAGCGCAAAGCUGAGGUUGCCUCGAGUCAGCCACACCAACAGCAGCAAGCCUCUGUUAUUCAGCAGCGAUCCAAUAUGUACAUGCAGCCACUUUACUACAACCAGUACUAUGUCCCCCAGUAUGGAUACCCAGACCAGGUUUAUCAUAACCACCUUAUGAACACUAAUCCAACAUACAGGCAGCAGUAUGAGGAAAGGCAGAGACUCAUGGCUGAGCAGCAUAGGUCUGCUGAAAAGAAGCCAGAUUCAGGUUUAAAGGACAGGGAAUCCUCUCUCAAGGAGGACUGGAAACAGAAGGGGCCUGUUCCUCCAGGCCUAACAAAAGCCCCCAGCCUUUCAGACCUAGGAAAGCCACAGGCCCCUGGCAAACAGAGAGACACUUCCUCCGAAGCUGCCAAGUCAGUCAUCAUCCCUAAAGGGGAGGAGACCAAGCUGCAGCCACAGCAGGCCGAGGGGCUUAAAAUGAAGCUCAGUGAAGCUGGCCAUCAUGGAAAGGAUGACUCAAAGGCAAGUGUGGAGUCUGCCAGGCUGGGUAUGGAGCAAGCCAUGUGGUACAGACAGUACCCUGACAGUCAGAGACCACCAGAUGAUGAUCGAGAUCGAGAACGGGAGCGGGACAGAAAAGGCAAAGAAGAGAGGUCUAGGCAAAAAGACAGCAGCUCCAAAGAAGAUAAUAAAGAUGUAGUUGAUGUUUCCUGUCCUCCCAGCAUUGAGGACCAGCGAAGUGGAGGGAAAGAUCCCCGGCCCAAUCCCCACAUACCUUUCGGCUCCCCUUUGGCACAGCACCAACCCUACCUGCAUUACAUGCAUGGAUAUCCUUUUGGGCAAAGCUAUGAUCCCAACCAUUCUGGAUACAGAGGCAUGUCCUCCAUGAUGAACUAUCCAGGGUCCUAUCUGCCAGCGGGAUACCCUUUUUCGCCUUAUGGCAGUAAAAUGAUCGGUGGAGAAGAGGGAGAGAAAUCUCGCUCAAGCCCCACAGUCAGCAGCAAGUCGGCUUCAGAGUCCAAAGCACUGGACAUAUUACACCAACACGCCAAUCAGUACAAGAGCAAAUCGCCCACCGUUGCUGACAAGCCCUCCCAUGAAAGGGAGCGAGGACUAGGUGACCGAGAGCGGGAAAGAGAAAGGGAGCGAGAGAGGGAGCGAGAAAUCGAUAGACCUCGAUCAUCUCCCUCCCAACGCAUAAUGGCACCCCACCACCACCUAGGCUAUCCCCUUGUAGCCGGGCAGUACGAUCUGUCUUAUGCCACAGGCCUUUCAUCGUCAGCGAUUGUUGCCAGUCAGCAAGCCUCAGCCCCUUCCCUGUACCCACCAGCAAGGAGGUGAGAAUGGGAAACCUGAUUGUCUCGCCGUUCUUUACAAAUAAUCAUGUGACUGGAUCACAUGGGGAAGUAUAUGGAGCUCAUUUAGACAUCAGUUGAAUGGUGUUUCUAUAUUUUUAGUUCUUCUGCCGGAAUGUGUGGCAGAUUGAUGUUUUCCUAGUAUCUGUACCUCGUACCCCACUACAGACUGUGAGACCAGGUUCAAAGCCAUCCUGCCCUGCUCAAAGCCCAGCUGGCCACUGAACUGAGCCUGUGAACCGGUGAGAAAUGACCGAAAAGCAAAGGACUUGUCAUUCCGCUCACCCGACACAGGAUGGAGGCCAGACAAGAGGCAAGGACUCGAGGGGACACAUAAGAACACAAAGACUGAAAAUAGUUUUAUCACACUGAGAUAACUAAAGUUGUUUCCCUUUUUUAUUUUAGUCGGCAUCCUCACUGAAAAUCAAUCAAACGACAACAGAAACGAAAAGAUUUUUGAAUUGUACUCCACAAGUGAAAGCUGCGGAUAAUAAUCUAGCAUUGUCUCAUACCUCCGUCUUUCUGCCAGUGGUUCCUAAACGAUUCUCACCGCCACAUGCCUCAAGACUGCUUUCCCUCACAAUUUUUUUUCCUUAUAUGACUCCCUUCUCUAGCAUCAGUGGUUCCGUGUAACAAAAACCAAUCAAUGUUUUAUUUUAUUAAUAUUUUUAUUUUAUUUUUCCCAAGCAAAGAAUAAAAAAAUCAUACAUUCGAUAAGUUAUAGCACUCAGCUUAAAAUGCAUACUAAGUUUUCGUUAUGCUAAGCCGCACCAUCAAACUAGCAUAUCGAAGAAAUCAUCCUGUUUCAGUUUUUAAAAAAUCACGACCUUUCAUAUUACGAAAUCUAAUUUUAGCGAGCACUGUUGCCGCCAGACUUUCUCCAAAACAUCACUGGCGGAGGUCCGUUUACUCCAGGGAACUUUUCUUUGAUUUCGUUUGGUUAUCCUUCAACUUGAAUCCAAACAUCCUCCUUACCUCAUCACUAACAGAAUUCCCCAUUUAUUGCUAUGGUUCUUUAAAAAAAAAAGUGGAUGUUCGUUAAUGUGGCAAGGUAUAGUAAGUUGUUUUAGCCAGACGCUUACGUGGUGGCCGUUCUGCUACAGCGGUUAUGGGGUGCGUGACACCAGAGGCCCAGUAGUUUUGUUCUAAUUGUUCUGAAGUUCUUGCAUGGGGCCGCUCUAUCCCUGAACACUUAUCGUGGAAGUGUCGUGAUAAUCUCCAGCGUGUUUUUCUGAAACCAAGUGAGCGUUUGACCCCCGAAACAUGCUUUCAUAGCCCAUCAGGCUCUGUGUAUUUCACGUGUCGUCCAGCAUGGUGUAUACUAUAGCACUAGAAAUGUGACUUUGAACAGUGUCUCCUCAGGCAACGCAAACUUUGGGUUUGCACCAAACGCUGUCGAUAUUCUUGGUUGCGCACACUAUGUGAUGUCUGUAUAUGAUGUACAGAAGGGACUGUUUUAAACUGCAAUCAAGAAACCAUCCGAUUACGUAGAUGUUUUGUUUGGAAAUCUGUCACUAGGGUGUUUUUUUUCUUCUUCUUCUCCUUCCAUAGCUUUGGAUUGGCUUGCUGUCACAAUGCUUGCUGUUUUGAUUUUCAUUCGAUAUGUCUGUGAAACUUUUCGAAGAGUCUCUCAAUCCAAAACUGGUCGCAGCUCUCAGUGGAUCUCAGGCAGUUUGCUUUCUGCUGAAAUUGCAGAUUUUUUUUGGGUCAUGUUUUCACACUAAGUGAUUCAAGCUGGUGGAUUUUAACAGGCUCUGUUGGAACGAGAAGGACAGACAGGUGUUCGGGGGAUUACGUUGACUCAUCCGCUCCUUCUCAUGCCUAAAGUCGCAACGACAAACGCAAACUACAAGAGUGAAGCACUAUGGUACACCGAAUACUGAGAGAAAGAGGGUUUUUACAUUACACGUCUGAAUUCAUCGGUAUGCCAUUUGAUUUUAGGGCUUGUGGGGAUGCUCAGAACAACUCUUUGGAACACAUCAUGUUUUUUUUUUUGUAAGUUAUGAAAGAUUCUCAGUAAAGAUCAUGAACAUUGUCUGUGCAUUUAGUUCCAAAUGGUGCUCCGUCGACACACUUUGAGUUUAUUUGGAAAGAGGAUGCAGUGCACUCUUGCAUGCUUUUGCGUCAUUUUCACAACAGACUACAGACCCUUUCCUGUCGCGCUUCAUCCCAAGUGUCUCUCGAAAGACAAUUUAUUAUCACCAAGUGUCAGGCCCCGGUACUUAAAGAAUGUUUACAUUUUUUUUAAUGGCUUUGUUUGGAAUAUUUUUGGCUGUAUCACCCAAUUCCUCCUGUUCUUUCUUGGACUGUUCUCUUAUGUAAAGUGUACAUUACCACGUUUCUUUUUUUUAUACAAUACUGUAACUUGCCUUUGUACAUUUAGGCAAAAAAAAAUAAAUCUUUUUAUGAGACAAUCACA